AUGGUCGCAGUGAACCUCGCCCGUUUGACUGGCACUGCAAGUAUCCUUCCACUACAACUACCCUCUGGCUAUUCCGGUAAAUUUUAUGAAAAAUGGGAAGAGGAAGGAAAGUUGACGGGAUUCAGCGGCUCGAAGGACGUGCCAAUGUGGUACGGCUGGCGCGAGUUGACCUUCGGAGUAUACGAUUAUGAAGAGAAGUGA